UCACGCCCUGAGCCGAAGGCAGACGCUUAAUGACUAAGCCACCCGGGCGCCCCUCUUUUCAGGUUUUUUGAUCGAGGCCAUUCUCAUGGGUGUGAGAGGGUCUCUCGUGGUGGUUUUGAUUUGCGUUUCCCUAAUUAGUGACCUUGAGCAUCUCUUCAUGUUGCCUAUUGACCAUUCCAAUAUCUUCCUUGGAGAAAUGUCUGUUCCAAUGCUUUGGCAAAAGAUUUUCAAGUGUUUUCCUCCUCUUACCCCUCCCCCCCGCCACUGUAUGUAACAGGCUGCUCGUCACCACGCCGGACGGGAGAACUUAGCGGGCAGCACAGUGCAGUGGCGUGUCCAGAGCGCCAUCAAGGACACACCUAGAGACCGUCUGAAGCCAUUUCUUCUUAAUUUUUACAUACGGAUUUGAAGCUCUUGGUGAUUUCUAAACGUUUUGCUUCUGUGUAAACGCUGACAAAGGUGCCCUUGCGUCCGUUCCAGGCCCUGAUGAGUCUGUGCCCGUGGAGACACGGCCUCGUCACAGCAGGGGUGAGGCAGGACAGAGCGCAGCGGCCUCCCGGGCCAGGCCCUCCACUCCCAGUGCAUGGAGCGGGUGCCUUGUCAGAACCCCGGGUCUCAGGCUGCCGGCAGGUGGGCCGACCCUGUGCCGGGCACAGAGUAGGUGCUCAGUAAAUACGCGUGAGGCCAGGGCGCGGUGGGGCUGGGGCGAUGGCACGGGGGUGGCUGACGGGGAGCGGAAGGGCUGGAGCCUCCGCCCCGCGGGGUGGGCCGAGCUCUGGCCCACGGCGCUCUCUCUCACCCCCAGGAGACAGAUACUGGGUAUUUAAGGACAAUAACGUAGAGGAAGGAUACCCGCGGCCCGUCUCAGACUUCGGCCUCCCGCCGGGCGGCAUCGACGCUGCCUUCUCCUGGGCCCACAAUGACAAGACUUAUUUCUUUAAGGACCAGCUGUAUUGGCGCUUCGAUGAGCACACACGGCGCAUGGACCCCGGCCACCCCGCCCGGAGCCCCCCGUGGAGGGGCAUCCCCAGCACACUCGACGACGCCAUGCGCUGGUCCGACGGUGCUGCUUACUUCUUCCACGGCAAGGAGUACUGGAAGGUGCUGGACAGUGAGCUGGAGGCAGCGCCCGGGUACCCCCAGUCCACAGCGCGGGACUGGCUGGUCUGCAGAGAACCGCAGGCCGACCCGGAGGGUGCGGGCGGAGAGGCUGGGGCCCACGCCCGCCCAGGACAGCACGGCCGGAGCCGUGCAGAGGAUGGCUUCGAGGUCUGCUCUUGCACCUCCCCCGCGUCCCCUCCCCCGGGGGCCUCGGGCGCACUGCUGGCGGCCUCCCUGCUGCUGCCCCCGGGUGCACUGUGGACAGUGGCCCGGGCCCUGGCGCUCUGACAGCCGCCGGCCUGUGAGAGGGCAGAUGGGUCCCAGCUGGGGCUUCCCAGGACAAGGACGAGUGCCCCCACCCCUCCAGUGCCCGGACCAAGAGUUCCUGCAGCGCCACACGUGGCCCUGGGGCCCCAGCCUUGCUGAGAAGGACGCAUAGCCAACUCUGAGCAAAGGCCACCUGGUCGCACCCCCACGGGCGGUGAAGGAGCCAGCAGAGGGCACUGCCCCUCAGGCGGCUCAGCCGCAGAAGAAGACACCUGCCCUUCCUCUUCGGCCACGGGAGGCCUGACUGCCAGUUGUUGGGUGGGGAGACUCCUUGAGGCCGGGCUGGGGACAGGAGCCGUCCUUCCGGCCAGCGCACAGCUGGAUCACCAGGACUCAAGUGAUGAGCCCGGGGAGGCAGGGUUGGGCGUUGGGGGGCCACACUGCCCCAGCCUUGCUGGCCCCGGGAAGAGCAGCCGGGCUGAGCCAGCCAGCAGCCCGCCCGUCUUUCGGCACCACCAACCCCGUCUCACGCCCAUACUGCUGCCCCUGGUGCUUCUGCCCACCCCGGGGGGCUUCUGUUCCCCGCCCCUGUGGGUCUGCAGUUGCCUUGCACAGGGCAGCCUCCAGCCCACAGAUGAGUCCCCCAAGCUGGGGCCGAGGCCGGUCUGCCUCUUGACGCAUUUCAGACAAACACGACCUCUCCCUGCUUCCUGCUGGCUCAGCCUGGCUCCCUGGUGCCCUGCAGGCGGGGGCCACAGGGUGAAUGUCCUCAGGGGCCUGGAGGGCCGGUGCAGACCUGGCCCCAGACCUUUCUGCACUUGGGAGGGGCGGGGGCUUCCAGGAAGAGGCCUGUGUGGUGCUCACUUCCUCCCCUGGGGUUCACCAACCCCUUCCUCUCCAGCACC